AUGGCCCGGCUGCUCCAAGGGCUCCCCGGGCUGCUGGUUAAAAGUGCGACUCCCCCGACCGAUGCUGGGGGCCCCGGGAGCGGCCGCCGGGCCAGGGCUGCUCACACCCACACAGUUAAAGAUGUGGGGUCUCUGACUAGAUAUGAUGACACAGCUGUCAUCACUGAUUGGCAAAAGAAAUUGACUCCGGAACAGUUCUAUAUCACAAGAGAAAAAGGAACUGAACUGCCAUUUACUGGAAUCUAUCUGAAUAACAGAGAUCCAGGAAUGUACCAUUGUGUGUGCUGUAAUGCCCCAUUGUUCAGGUCUUGGAUGUUUGUCCACACUUUGUCUGACCCGAUGCCUCAUCAUGUAGCAGAGUGUGAUGCCCAUCUUGGUCAUGUGUUUGAUGAUGGUCCCAGACCUUCUGGACAAAGGUUCUGUAUCAACAGUGUUUCGUUAACCUUUAAACCAAGCUUAGACUAG